CUAAACAGUCUGGUUUGUUUACAUGCCUGGCUAACCUGUAUUAAAUGGGAAUUUAGCUACUUUGCAAACAUGCUCUUGUCAUUUUGAUACACAGAAAAUAUUAUCUGUUAUUUCUCUUAAGAAGAAGGAAGUGACAUGAAUCCUACAAACAGUGGCGAACCCCCAAAACCUGGAGAGAGACGCCCAAGGGAUGGCUCUAGCAAACUAACAACGUUUGCCCCUGAAAAAUAUGUCAGGGAUCAGCACGUUAUCCCAUUCCAUUUUCCACACAAGAGACUCCUCAGUUCACUUGAAAUUAAGAAAAAUGAAGGAGAGCCUUUGCCUGGGUUUACUGCUCACCAAAAGAAAAAGAGGAGAGAUGACCUAACAUCUGUAGAGUACCCCUUCCCCCGCAACGAUAUGAUGGUUUCCUCAAUACCUAAAAAAUCUGCAAAUCAAGAUGACGGGAUCUCUCUUCAAGACAGUGCUUUCAAUCAGAAAGAAAUAAUACAGUUGCUUCGAAACGACCCCCGGAUAGGCUUCUACUACAUGGUUUAUGCUGUUCCUCGAAACCAUGAGCUGUUCUCCCCAUACAAUCUCAAAAUAGUUGACUAUUCUUUGAUUGAUAAAGAAUGUUUUAUGACAAUAAGUGCUCAUGGUGUAACCCAAUACUUUCCAAAUGAGAUGAUAUUCACCCCUUUGGAUCAGUGGGAGAAGGAAUAUGACGACUACUGUCGCAUAAGCAAGAUAAAGCUCUUCUCGAAAUUUAGGCUCUGGAAAGCAUUUUUCAUGUGGAGGAAAAGUAUUACCCGGGCUAAGUUUAAAGAUGCACAGGAAUCUAUUCGUAAAAAUCUAUUUCUUCUCAAUCCUGUGCUACAGAAGGCUCUUUUGGAGAUGAGAGAGAUGUGCAUUGAGCUGCUUAAAAUUAACUUUUUUGACACAUCAUCAAUGCAGCUCAAUCCACUUUUCCAGUUCAUUGAGAUUCAGAUGCAUAAAAAAGAAAGCAUUCAAUCUCAGAUCCGAGAAUAUCGCUCUCAAUUCAAGGAAAUAAUAAACACUGCAUGCCAUGGAGCUUUACUUGAGGAAGGCUUUACUCCACAUGACAGCAAUAUGCGACUAUCAAGAAUACAGCUACUUCCAGGGCAGAGGUUACCUCCUCUUAAGGAUGGUAAAGUGAAAAUGCCAUACACUGAUCAAGCAAAGAAACGGAGGUUUUGUGCCCGUUUAACAUGUUUCAUUCAUUUGGUUGACCUGUUGAUUAUGGAUUCCUUCCAUGUCAUCAUUCGAAACUCUCAGACUGCAUUCAUGGAGGCCUUAGAUUCUUAUGUGGUCUUAACUCCAUCAUACGAUUUAUUGGUUGAAACAGAUACAUCAGCUGUAUUGGAAGAUAGACGUCCAUCUGACUCUCCUGAAAAUCCAUUAUUUGUAACUGAUGUUGUUUGUCAACCUGAAGCACUAACAUUAGAUCCAUCUGCUGAAGUGUUUGAUGCUAUGUUUAAUCAAAUAAUUGAUUUAUGGACAGAUGCAUUGGCAUCGGUGCCCACAUUUUUACCAGAUCCAUUUUUCAUUCCAUUUGCAGAACCUGAAAUUAAUGGAAAGAUGGAGGCAAGGGACUGUGGUAAUGGGUGUGAUUUUCGAUUUUGCCUUGGUAUUGAUGAGGUUGUAAAACAUUCUAAGAAAGAAAGUCUGCAUCUCCUUCGCAAAUCUUUUGAGGCUGCAGAAAGAUAUAUGCAACGUUUUCAGUUCAUACGUGAAUUUUACAAUGUAAACCUUGCAAUUUCUCCUGAAAACCUUGCUGAGAACGAAUUGUUGGAAGUGUUCAGAAAGCAUCUGGCUGAGUUUUCAAAGCAAGAAGGGGAGUUGGAAAGAACAGUGGACUCGCAAUCAUUGGGCCUUGUUUUGGUCAAGUUAGAUCGUCUGAAAGAAGAAGUGUUACCAUCUAAUCGGAGGCUUAGAGACAUUAUUGAGGAAGUGAUGCCACGUAUUGGUAGGGACAAAGUUUUAACUCUACUCAAGGAAGUUGAAGAGAAGCAGUUGUACAUUGAUCGAGACCCUAUCUUGACUAAAGAAUUUGUUGACUACCUUGAAUUUCUUGAGGGAAUAACAGAGAGAGUAGAAGAAAUGGAAGCUACUUUAGACUAUUGUAAGGAAUUAUAUGAUUUAUGUGAUGAGUACUCCAUAAUAGUUUCUGAGCAUGACAGUGAAGAGUACUAUAGAUUUGGGGAAGAGCUUGGUGCUUUACACAGAACUGUUGACAGAAAGUUGGCAGAUAAGAUUAGUCUAGUUGGUAAAUUUGUUGCUCAGUGUCAAGUGGAUAUAAAUGCUUUGCUAGAUGAUAUCAUGAAGACACAUGAAAUGGUCAUGGAUAAUAAAUUUGUUGACUCUAAUGCCAAUCCUGCUGAAAUACGUAUGGCUCUUGAAGAAGUUGCAGAGAAAGUGAAUGAGUAUGCAGAAAGAGCCACUGAAAUUAAGGGGUAUCAGAAAUCAUUUAGAGUGGAAGUGACCCGCUUUGAAAUGUUAGAUGAAGUUACAAAUGAACUACGCAUUCGUCAAUUGUUAUGGGAUAGCCUGGAGGAAUGGGAACAAUCAUUUAACCUUUGGAUGUCAUCGGAAUUCUCAUCAUUAGAUCCUGAGGAAAUGAUGCAAUUCACUAACAAGAACCUGAAAAAUGUACAACAGAUGGAAAAGCUGCUCCCUGAAAAUUUAAUUGUGCCCCAGUUUAAAAGUGCGGUUCAAGAUAUCAAGGAAAAGUUACCCACUAUUUCUAGCCUACGCAACCCUAAUUUGAAAGCUCGCCAUUGGUCCAACAUAGAGCAGAUGAUGAAUGUUCGAAUUUCACCUGAUGAGCCAGUAACCCUUCAAAGUCUGCUUGACAAAGGACUCAUGAGCUACACUGACCAGCUCAACGACAUAGCAGCUCAAGCUAGCUCAGAAGCAGCUCUUGAAAGCCUGCUUCGUAAAGUGGAAGAUGCUUGGCAACAAGCUGAAUUAGUUGUGUUAAAUCAUCGUGAUCAAAAGGAUGUUUUUAUAUUGGGGGGUUUAGAAGAAAUCUUCACAUUACUAGAGGAAAGCAUGAUAAAUAUCAACACCAUUUUAAGCUCCCGUCAUGUGGGACCUAUUAAGAGCCGGGUUGAAGACUGGCUCGAACAAUUGCAGCUUUUCUCCAAAACACUGGAUGAAUGGAUUCAAUGUCAACAGAAGUGGCUCUAUUUAGAAAGUAUUUUCUCUGCACCAGAUAUUCAGAGGCAACUGCCAGCAGAGGCUAAAAUGUUUAUGACUGUAGAUAAAUCUUGGAAAGACAUAAUGCGGCGCACUGCUAAAACUCCCAUUGCUAUGCCUGCUUGUACAUAUCCUGGGCUGUAUGAAACAUUUGUGAACAACAAUUCACUUUUGGAUCAAGUGAUGAAGUGUCUUGAAGCAUACCUGGAAUCAAAGCGGGUUGUCUUCCCUCGUUUUUAUUUUCUCUCAAAUGAUGAGCUGAUUGAGAUUUUGGCCCAGACAAGAAAUCCCCAUGCAGUUCAACCUCAUUUAAGAAAAUGCUUUGAUGCAGUGGCCAAACUAGAAUUCGGGAAAGGUGUAGGCGGGAUUCUAGAAGGAGAAGACAGUGACAAACUCUCCUCUGAUAUAGUUGCUAUGAUAUCCCCUGAAGGGGAGAGAGUACCUCUAACAAAGGGUUUGAAAGCAAGAGGAAAUGUUGAAGAUUGGCUUACGAAAGUUGAGGAAUCUAUGUUUACUUCUCUGAGACGUAUAAUGAAAUCUGCACUUGUGUCAUAUUCCCACACCCCUACUGAUGUAUGGGUACUAAAUCAGCCAUCACAGAUUGUCCUGACCAUAUCACAAGUAAUGUGGGCACUGACAGUUGAAAGCAUUCUUGGAAAUAAAUCAACUGCUCUCAAUGGAAUGCAGGAAUUUGAGAAGAAAAACUUUAGCGAUUUAAAUGUUCUUGCUGGAAUGGUCCGUGGAGAGCUCACAAAGCUGAAUCGUGCCGUCUUAUGUGCCCUGAUUACCAUUAAUGUCCAUGCUAGAGAUAAUAUUUCUGCUUUGGUGAAAAGCCAAGUUGUUGACAGAUCAAAUUUUGAGUGGCUGAAACAGCUUCGUUACUAUUGGGAGGAGGAUAUUGACAAUUGUGUAGCCAGGAUGUCAACAUCCCACUAUGUAUAUGGGUAUGAAUAUCUUGGGGCAUCUCCUCGUCUUGUUAUCACCCCCUUAACUGAUCGUUGCUACCUUUGUUUAAUGGGAGCACUUCAAUUAGAUUUAGGAGGAGCACCAGCCGGCCCGGCCGGCACUGGCAAGACCGAGACUACGAAGGACUUAGCCAAAUCUUUAGCAAUACAAUGUGUUGUAUUCAAUUGUUCAGAGGGUCUGGAUUACAAAAUGAUGGGCAGAUUUUUUUCUGGACUUGCCCAGUCAGGAGCUUGGUGUUGUUUUGAUGAAUUCAAUAGAAUUGACAUAGAGGUGCUUUCUGUGAUUGCUCAACAAAUCAUUACUAUCCGUAAUGCCAAAGCAGCUAAACUUGCACGUUUUAUGUUUGAAGGGCGGGAGAUCAAAUUAGUGGCACAGUGUGCUGCAUUUAUUACAAUGAACCCUGGCUAUGCAGGGCGUACUGAAUUGCCAGACAAUUUGAAAGCACUAUUUCGACCAAUAUCGAUGAUGGUUCCAGACUAUGGUCUUAUUGCUGAGGUAAUUUUGUACUCAGAAGGCUUUGAGUCCUCUAAAGUAUUAGCCAAGAAAAUGGUCCAAAUGUACAAGUUAUGCAGUGAACAGCUAUCUCAACAGGAUCACUAUGACUUUGGAAUGAGGGCUGUGAAAAGUGUACUAGUUAUGGCAGGUUCCCUCAAAAGGGCCAAUCCAGAUGUAGAUGAGAGUAUUGUUCUCAUUCGAGCAUUACGAGAUUCCAACUUGCCUAAAUUCUUGGUAGACGAUGCUGUCCUUUUCCAGGGUAUUCUGAAAGACUUAUUUCCAGGGGUUGAAAUACCUGAACAAGACUAUGGACAACUGAAGGAUGCCAUCAUAUCUGUCAUGAUAUCUAUGAAAUUACAACCAGUAGAGACUAUGGUCAUGAAGGUGAUCCAGUUACAUGAAACAUGCAUUGUACGACAUGGAGUUAUGUUGGUGGGCCCAACAGGAGGUGGCAAGACCACUGUUUUAAGGUCUCUUGGAGGUGCACUGGGAGAGCUUAAUAGAAGAGGGGUUAAAGAUCCUCAGUUUACUCCUGUACAUUAUUAUGUUCUGAACCCAAAGUCAAUAACCAUGGGAGAGUUAUAUGGUGAAGUCAACCCUCUGACUAUGGAGUGGCGGGAUGGCUUACUUGGCAUCAGUGUGCGAACAGCUGUUCAGAGCACUAAUGAAGAUCAUCAAUGGGUCGUAUGUGAUGGUCCGGUUGAUGCUGUUUGGAUUGAGAACAUGAAUACAGUCUUGGAUGACAAUAAAAUGCUAUGCUUAGCAAAUUCAGAACGAAUAAAAUUGACACCUCACAUUACAAUGAUGUUUGAGGUACAAGAUUUGGCUCAGGCUUCCCCAGCAACCGUUAGUAGAUGUGGAAUGGUUUACAUUGAUCCCAACGAGCUGAAAUGGUUACCUUUUGUUCAAUCAUGGUUGAGCAAGUUGAGUGUCCUGCAGGAUGACUUCAAAGAAUUUGUUCUUGAUCUUUUCAAAAGAGCUGUGGAUCGCAUAUUUUAUCACAUUGCUAAACACUGUGAUCAAGGCAUAAAUCAAGUAGACAUGGGAAAGAUUCAAGCCCUUUGCGCUAUUUAUGAAGCAUUACUUUUGGAGCCAGGUGCACUGGACAUGUCAACAGCAGAUAAACUUCGCCUCAAAAACUUUCUUUGUCAAGCAUUUAUAUUUUCAGCCCUGUGGGGCAUUGGUGGUAAUAUAUUGGAGACAGGAAGAGAUGGUCUUGAUAUUUGUAUCAGAGAAAUUUUUGAUGAUCAUCCUGAUGCAAGAUUACCGACCUCAGGAGAUGUCUGGAGUCUUUACAUAAAUGUAUCAGCACGCCGCAUGGAGCAGUGGACGAAAGUUAUGCCUUCUUUCCAUUAUGAUCCACAAACCCCAUUUUUUGAUUUGCUUGUACCGACCCAAGAUACUGUAUGUUUCACAUACAUCCUAGAAAAAAUGAUGACUGUAAACAAGCCAGUCCUUUACAUAGGAGGCACAGGUGUUGGGAAGUCGGUCAUAGCUAAAUCUGCUCUGAACAAUUUAUCUGCUACCGAUACAUAUGUUCCUGUUACCCUAAACUUUUCUGCUCAAACAAGCAGUAGCCGCACCCAAGAAAUUUUGGAAAUGCGUCUAGAGAAGAGAAAGAAAACUUUGCUUGGAGCUCCAAUGGGAAAAAAAGUAAUAGUUUUUAUUGAUGAUGUGAACAUGCCCAAACUAGAGGUGUAUGGUGCACAACCACCUAUUGAGCUAUUGAGACAAUAUCUUGAUUUUCAUGGUCUCUAUGAUCGAGAAAAGUUAUUCUGGAAAGACAUCAAAGAUGUAAUCAUCACUGCAGCCUGUGCACCUCCAGGUGGGGGGCGUAACCCUUUGACUCCUCGAUUUGUUCGACAUUUCAGUGUGCUUCACAUACCAAAACCCAAUGAAGCUUCUCUCAAAGUUAUAUUCAAGUCUAUUCUUCGAGGGUUUUUGUCGGAGUUUGUCAAGCCUAUUCAAGAUUUAGCGGAUGCAGUCGUCAAUGCUUCAAUUGAAAUUUAUCGGAGAAUAAUGGAAGACUUGCUACCAACUCCAACAAAGUCCCAUUAUGUCUUUAACUUGAGAGAUUUAUCUAAAUGUGUACAGGGAGUUCUACAGGCUGAUAGUAGUAGUUUAAGAGAAGGCAUUGAUCUUCUACGUUUGUUUUCACAUGAAUGUUUGAGAGUCUUUCAUGAUCGCCUGACCAGUGUUGGUGACAAAAGCUACUUUUAUAAACUCUUAGCAGACGUUAAUUCGAGAUGUUUCGGCAGUUCAGUCAUAGAAUUGCCUGAUGAUGAUGUGAUUUUAAAGCCUCCAAUAAUUCUUUUCGGAGAUUUCAUGAAUCCCUCUACUCCUACUGAAGAUAGAAUUUAUGAGGAAGUCAAAGAUAUGUCCAAGCUACAGAAUAUUUUGCAAGAUUAUCUGGAUGAAUAUAAUUUAACAGCACCUUGUGAAAUGAAACUCAUACUUUUUAUGGAUGCCAUUGAACACACUGUCAGAAUAGCUCGUAUUCUUAGAGCUGAAAGGGGGAAUGGAUUGCUUGUGGGAGUUGGUGGAAUGGGAAAACGCAGUUUGACUAUCCUGGGGGCCCACCUCAAUGGCUACAAAUGUUUCCAAAUUGAACUAGCUCGAAAUUACAACCAUGAGUCCUUCUUUGAAGAUCUUCGGAAAUUGUAUUUUAAUGCAGGAGCUAAAAAUGAAGCCACAGUAUUUCUUUUCACUGAUACACAAGUGGUUGAGGAAGAAUUUCUUGAGGAUAUAAAUAAUAUCUUGAAUUCAGGGGAAGUACCUGGUCUCUUUGAGGGGGAUGAGCUUGAAAAGGUAAUUCAAGCAGUACGUCCAGCAGCCAAAGAAGCAGGCAUCAUGGAACAUAACAGAGAUGCCAUUUUUAAUUUUUUCAUUACCCGUGUGCGCUCUAAGUUACAUCUCGUACUGUGCAUGAGUCCUGUAGGAGAUUCGUUUAGGCAAAGGUGUCGCAUGUUUCCUUCAUUGGUGAAUUGCUGUGCUAUUGAUUGGUUCUCUGAAUGGCCGCAAGAUGCUCUCCUCUCAGUAGCUGUGAACUCUCUCAAAGAGCAUAUUGAAGAAGAUCAUUUGGACAACUAUGCUAAUAUUUGUGUUUUGAUCCAUGAGAGCGUUGGUGAAAUGUCACAGAGAUUUUAUUUGGAGAUGCGCAGACAUUAUUACACAACACCCAGUAGUUACCUGGAACUCAUAAAACUCUUUUUGGCAUUGUUAGACAAAAAACAAAAAGAAACAAGUGGACAACGAGAUCGCAUUGCUAACGGUUUGCAGAAACUGUAUGAAACUAAUGACCUAGUGGCCCAAAUGAAAAUAGAGCUCUCAGCUUUAGGGCCUGUUCUGAAAGAAAAGUCAGAAGCGACAAAUAAGUUAAUGGAUCGCCUUGUAAAAGAGCAAGCUCAGGCUAUGGAAGUUCGUCAAGUUGUAGAAGCUGAUGAGGCCAUUGCCAAAGUCAAAGCUGAUGAAACACAAGCCAUUGCCGAUGAUGCUCAAGCAGACCUUGAUCAAGCUUUACCUGCUAUGGAGGCAGCAACAAAAGCUUUAGAAGCUCUCAACAAAAAUGAUAUAAAUGAACUCAAGGUUUUCAAUAAACCUCCCCCUCUGGUUCGAACUGUGAUGGAAGCUGUUUGCCUGCUUCUUGGUCAAAAAACUGAUUGGGCAACAGCAAAGGUGGUUCUAGCUGACACUAAUUUUUUGAAGAAAUUACAAGAGUAUGACAAGGACCACAUACCUGAUAUGACCUUAAGAAAGCUGAAGGUUUACAUAGACAACAAAGAUUUUGUCCCAGAUGUGGUAGCAACACAAUCGAAGGUUUGCAAGUCAAUUUGUCUUUGGGUUCGUGCCAUAGACACUUACUCGAAAGUUUAUAAAAUUGUUGAGCCCAAGAAAAAGAGAUUAGAGCAGGCUGAGCGUGAGUUGGCUGCUGUUAUGGCUGUGCUACAGGAAAAGCAGCAGAAGUUAGCAGAUGUUGAGGCAACAAUUGCCAAGCUAGAGGCAACUUAUGAUGCAAGUUUAAGUGAAAAGAUUGAAUUGGAGGAUAGUAUUGCUUUAACAUCUGCUCGUCUAGCACGUUCGGCCAGUUUAACAGCUGCUCUUGGUGAUGAGCAAGUUCGUUGGGAAAGCAGUGUCAAGAUGUUGACUGAAGAGUUACAGAAUAUGACAGGGAAUGUACUCAUAGCUGCUGCAUAUUUGUCAUAUCUUGGAGCUUUUACUGCUAGCUACAGGAAAGAACUAAUUAAGACAUGGCUGCAGCGAUGUAUGAAUUUAAAAAUUCCUGCUUCAACAGCAUUCGACCUGAUCCUUGUGCUUGCCGAUCCGUAUGAUAUACGUUUGUGGAAUUCAUUUGGCUUGCCACGUGAUAAUAUUUCUACUGAGAAUGCUAUCCUAGUCACACAAGCUGGACGUUGGCCUCUAAUGAUUGAUCCACAGGAGCAGGCUAAUCGCUGGAUACGAGCAAUGGAAGCUAAGAAGAAUCUGAAGGUUGUAAGAUUGACGGAUGGUAACCUCCUUCAAUCUUUGGAGAGUGCUAUUCGUCUAGGCUAUCCUGUCUUACUUGAAGAACUUGGGGAAACACUGGAUCCUGCACUUACACCUAUACUGUUGCGUCAAACUUACAUGAAGUCAGGCCGUUUGCUGAUUAGGUUUGCUGAUUCUGAGAUUGAUUAUGACAAAAAUUUCCGGUUGUACAUGACUACAAAAAUGAGCAAUCCUCAUUAUCUUCCUGAAAUAUGCAUACAAGUCACCCUUGUAAAUUUUACAGUGACACUUUCAGGCUUGGAAGAUCAACUGCUAGCGGAUGUUGUGAGAUUGGAACGGCCUGAUUUAGAAACACAACGCACUGAGCUCAUUACAAGAAUUAAUGCAGAUAAACAGCAACUUAAAAAUAUAGAGGACAAAAUACUACAGCUUCUAUUCCACUCAACAGGAAACAUCUUAGAUGAUGAAGAACUAAUAGAAACUCUAAAUGAAAGCAAGGAAACUUCUGCUAUUAUUAGCACUCGGUUAGAGGAAGCUGAGGCAACGGAGGAAAAGAUUUCCAUUGCCAGAGAAAAGUACCGUAUAGUUGCAGCAAGGGGCUCCUCCCUUUAUUUUGUGGUUGCUCAACUCGGGGAAAUUGAUCCAAUGUAUCAAUACUCACUAAAAUACUUCAAAAUGGUAUUCAAUACUGUGAUUGAAACUAGCAAAAAAUCAUCAGACCUUAACCAAAGGUUGCGAGUAUUACUCUCAGAGACAACUUCAGCUGUGUACUCCACAGUGUCAAGAGGCCUGUUUGAAAAGCACAAGCUUGUUUUUAGUUUUCUUCUUUGUACAAGCAUUCAGCAACAAGCAGGAUCUGUGUCUGAGCUUCAAUGGAAUUUCCUCUUGAGAGGCUCGUCAGCAACAAAACCAGAGGCAGGGUCACAAAAACCAACUGGUUUAUUAAUCUCUGACCAAAUGUGGAUAUCUGCACAAUAUCUAGCUAAGGUCUUUCCACCUUUUAUCGAAUUACCUGCAGCCUUGACAUCUGUGAUUACACUUACAGUUGGGGAUUUACGCAUUGAUAUCAAACUUGGUUCCAGCAACCAAAGUGGCAAGGAUUGGAAUGGAUCUCUGGACGAUUUCAGUAAAUUGAUGCUGAUCAAAGCAUUAAAACAAGAGAAGCUGGUCUUUGCCAUUACUGAAUAUGUCAAAAAGAAACUUGGUCAAACAUUUGUGGAAAGUCCCCAAGUAAAUCUUAAUGUACUGUACCAAGAUACAAAUAAUAUCACCCCUUUGAUAUUCAUAUUAAGUACUGGCUCAGAUCCAUUUGGAUCAUUCCAACGCUUUGCAUAUGACCUGGGCAACAGGGACAAAGUUCAGGCUAUUUCCCUUGGACAGGGCCAAGGACCUAUUGCAGAGAAAAUGAUUCGCUCAGCGUCUUCAAGAGGUGACUGGGUCUUCCUUCAGAACUGUCAUCUUGCAGCUUCAUGGAUGCUGUCACUUGAGCGACUAGUUCAGUCAUUGGCAGAGGCACCUGAUAAAGUGCAUAUCGAUUUCCGACUGUUUCUCAGUUCGUCACCUUGUCAAGCAUUUCCCGUGUCUGUGCUCCAAAACUCUAUCAAAGUAACCAAUGAAUCACCAAAGGGACUAAGAGCUAAUAUAAAGAGAGCAUUUUCAGAAAUGAGGGAGGAUUUCUUUGAAGACAACCCACUUGGCCCUCAUUGGCGAAGAAUGGUGUUUGGAAUUUGCAUUUUUCAAGCAAUCAUCCAAGAAAGGAAAAAGUUCGGUCCUUUAGGUUGGAAUAUUAUCUAUGACUUUAGUGACAGUGACAGAGAAUGUGCUCUCCUUAACUUAAAAUUAUUUUGUAAUGAUGGGUUCAUACCUUGGGAUGCAUUGGAGUAUAUCACAGGGGAAAUUACUUAUGGAGGUCGUGUUACCGAUAAUUGGGAUCAACGGUGUCUAGCUACUAUCUUGAGAUGUUUCUUUUCAGAGAAAACCUUGGAAGCAGGCUACAAAUUCUCACAGUCAGGUGUUUACUAUUGCCCUGAAUCAGAGGCAUGUAAAACUUUGGAUGAAUACCGUAACUUCAUCAACAAACUACCUAUUAUUGAUGAACCUGAAAUUUUUGGCAUGCAUGAAAAUGCCAAUAUAGCAUUUGAGAUGAAUGAAACUCAAGCAGUGAUCCAAACAAUACUGAGUGUUCAACCUCAAGAAUCAAAAGGAGGUGAAGCUGCAUCAAGUGAUGACAUUGCUUUAGAAUUAUCAAAAAGUAUUUCGCUCAGAAUUAUUGAAAGACUGGAUGUAGAAGAAAUUCACCCUCAUCUGGGAAAGAGAGAUGAAGAGGGUAGAUUGCCAUCCCUCACCACAGUUCUCCUUCAGGAAGUGGACCGAUUUAACAAACUCUUACUGGCUAUUCACUCCUCCUUAUCAAAUUUAAAUCGUGCCAUUAAAGGAUUUGUAGUUAUGUCCGAAAGCUUAGAAGAAGUGUAUUAUGCUUUCAUCAAUAAUCAAGUGCCGAAGUUGUGGGCAAGAGCAGCUUAUCCCUCGAUGAAGUCACUGUCCAGUUGGGUCCAUGACCUGGAGCUUCGCCUAGAUUUUAUUAAGAUGUGGCUUACAACUGGGCCUCCAGAAUCAUUUUGGCUGUCCGGGUUCUUUUUUCCUCAAGGAUUCCUGACAGGCGUUUUACAAACUCAUGCUCGUAAAUACGCUCUUCCAAUAGACCAACUUAUGUUUGACUUUAAUGUUGGGAGUGUAUUGCUACAUCAGCAUGAGGUAGAGCAAGAACACCGCAAGGCUAAAACUGAGGUAAAGUCAGCUUACAAAGGAGUGCAUCAACCAAAAGAUGGAGUAUUUAUCCAUGGCCUGUUCUUGGAAGCCGCUCGUUGGGACUAUGAUCAGAAAAUGUUGGCUGAUCCAAAUCCAGGAGAAAUUAAUCCCCCACUUCCAGCGGUACUCCUUGCGCCUGGCACAUCAAUUCCAGAAAGCCCUCUUCGUUACAAAGCUCCCUUGUACAAGACGUCAGUUCGAGCUGGCGUUCUCUCCACCACCGGGCACUCUACAAAUUUCGUUAUGACUGUUCUACUCCCCACAAAUCUGAAGGAAGAUGUGUGGGUCACCAGAGGGUGCGCUUUACUGACACAGAUAUCAAAUUAAUUGACAAUCCAGCUGUGCGUGUUCGGCCUGUGCUUUUAAACUUUCCCGCUGUUUUUGUACCAACAUCUGUAAAGCUAAUUUUCUUAUUUUCUAACAAAAAUGACAAAGGAAACUUU